AUAAAUAGGGGAGUGUCACUCUAUCGGAAUUACGUGUUCCGUUCAAAUAUGCUUUCGUAAUGCAACAGUUUUCGACUAGACACCCAUCGAUAUAGGUGUACAGUUAAAUUAUAUAAUAUCGAUAAAUAAUAAUUUUAAUUAUUACUUAGACGAUGUAUAGAAACAUGAACGAUCAAAAAUUACAGGUAAUAAGAACAUUUUCAAAAAGAUAACAAACCAAAAUAUAUUUUCAUUUUGAUAUGCUUCAAAAUUUACAACCAAGUAUUCAAGAAACAAAAAAAACUGGAAUUUUAUAUACAAAGCCCAAGAAAGAAGAAGUUUACUAACGGCUUGACAAACCUGUCACCGAUGAAUUUAAUAAGCCUUAAUAAUAAUAGGAAUCAACAAAGUUCAACAUAAACAAAUCCUUUCACCCAUAAACCGUACAUUUUAGUGUACACAAAAAAGACUCCUUUUAUGGCUCCAGCGCAAACAAGAUACUGCAAUUGUUUGAAACCCAACAAAUAAAAACAAAAUGAAAAUACCAAAAGUUUAUGGCGACCAAAAACCGGGGCAGCAACGGCGGAGGCCGAAAAAAGAAGGUCGAACCACCGCCGAAACCCAUACCCGAACAGGACAGGCACAUAUGCGGCCUGAUAUGCGUGUGCCAGUUGACAUUUGUGUUGAGCUCCGUAUCGUUGGUUUACCUGUCGGUAGCCAUCUACUUGCCAGGUUACAGGGCAUUCAACGCGGCAAUCGAAACGGUACCGAUCAUGUGCCAAACAAUCAACUCGACUGUAUCCAACAACUGCGAAUGGGCGUCUUGCGGCGAAUGGUGCCUGACGAAAGCAUCGGGAAACUGCCCGCAGUAUUUGGUCACCGUACGACAAAACGGCACCGAGAUCGGAGUGGAAAACUGCACUAGACUAACGACCGUCUCCUGUCCGCAGGCAAAUCCAGAAACUCUAAAACGAUACAACUGCAAUAACAACAAAGAGUGCCUAGGCCUUACGGGUAUCAUGGCCUGUAGACUGGGACAUUGUUCCAACAUGUCGGAACUGUACCAAUGUUACUACAACACUAGCAACAGCGAGUUAGCGUUCGACAGCGAUCGAGAAAAUUUGAAGCUCAACGGCUACUUUCACUGCGAUAACGGAAGUUGCAAAUCGAUCAAAUGGCCGUUUGCCUGUGAUCGGUACUGUAACAAAAUUACGACGACGGGGGUGAACGUAUUUCUGCGACUGGGUGACACGGUUUACACGGGCGAUUGUCAGCGAGUGGUGGCGUACAACAAGGCCAACGGUAACGCGACGCAGGGAGAACAACUAGCCACGCCUAGAGAGAUAUGGACAGACGAGAACUCGACCAUCGGCAUAUUCAUGGCCAGCUGUAACGGUAUAACGAAAGACAGCGGAAACUCACUCAGAGCUAUAGACUGUAUUAACGGCACUGUGCUCGACGAAUCGUUGAUGCCACAACUGUUCAUCAACUUCACGACGUUCUGGACGAUCUAUGAGUCAAGUAAUCGGCUGCUCGACGAAAAUAACGAGUUUGUACCCACGCAAUCUUCCUUGACAGUCUUCAACUCCAGCAGACUGUACAUCAAUCAGCAAGGGUGCGUCAAUACGUUGCGCAACGAGUGCAAGGACUUCAGUAACACGCACGGCAGAGCGGGCGAUAACCACACGGCGCAAAGCCGAUUCCCAUGUUUUUACACAAAGAACGACUCGUUCUCGGCACUGGCCCGUUUUGACUUGAACAAAACGUGGUGGGAACUGAUGAUUGGCGUCACCGUACCCGGAAUACUGUUCGCGAUAUCAUUCCUCACGCUACUCAUCGUUCAUCAGACGGUCAAAGUGGGAGACGACGCCCGGAUGACGUGCCAGUGGUGCGCGGACGACGACGCGGCUGCGGUCGACGAGCCGUUUAUGAAACCCAAUCAAACGUCUAAGGAGCGAAAGCAAAAGAAACUACAUGACGAGAUGCAAGAGCUGAGCGUCAUCGAGGCGUUGGUGGCCAAGUCGGCGGACAUAGCCGUUGGCAGACCGCUAACCGAAAGUCCGGACGUAUAAUAAGCGCGAUACACUGACAACCGUUGGCCGGCCAUCGCCGCCGUCACGUGAAAUACGAAAAUGAGCAUCAGUACGCAUAAAUCUCCGGUUUGGAUCUUCCUUUCAUCGCCCUAUAUAAUAUUAUUAGGGGACGCUGUACCGCCGCCAGAUGGUUACCAGCGAAUCGAACCUUAUCGAAGAUAUAGAAGAGAUAAUAUAAUAUUAUUUUAAUAAGAUUUAAAUUUCGCGAACGAUUUAAAAAGCUUUUGCAAAAACCUUAUUUGGAUACAUAAUAUUAUUUUUUUAAUGUAAUAUGUCAGAUACUAAAAUACGUACAUAUACACGUAAAUACGUAAAUAUACCACAUAUUCUGCAUUAUAAUAUCAGUGUAUAAAAUAUGUAUAGGCCAUGUUCAGACCAUACAAAUAUUCUUAAAUUACAUUGGUGGCAUGAGUAGU